AUGACAACAUCAGUUCAGAAGAUUAAUAUUUCAGAGAUUCCAUCUGUUAAUAAAUCAAUAAAUUAUAAUAAUGAAAAGACCAAUAUGAAACUUCCAGAUGAUAAAAUAUAUACUAUUAAUAUGGGUACAGAAGUAUUCAAAUUAACUGGAUUAUCAUUUAAUUCAGAUUCACCGAAUUAUUUUACUGAAUUUUUCACUAAAAAUGAUGGUAAGACAGAUUUAUUUUUAGAUAGAAAUAGUCUAUCGUUUAAACGUAUUAUGAAACAUUUACAAGGUUACUAUUUAGAUAUUGUUGAUGAAGAUGAAUAUUCAAUGUUAUUAGCAGAUUCAAUUUUUUAUGGUUUUAAUAAAUUAACGACAGAUAUUAAAGAAUCACCAUAUUACUAUGCUAAUAUUGGUGGAAAAUCAUUUAAAUUUUUGAAAAAAUUAUUUAGACGUGAUGGUGAUUCAAAUAAUUAUUUUCAAGUCUUUUCAAAUACAAUUAAUUCAGAAAUCGAAUAUAGGUUUGUUAAUAAUAAGUUAUCUGUUGUACCAAUUUCAUCAAAUUUUGUUUCAAGAUCUCCAGAGUAUUUUCAAAUGUUAUUAGAUUUAUUAAGUGGCUCAACUUUAACUCUAUCUUCAGAUUUAAGAGACACUUUAAUUAAGGAAUGUAAGUAUUAUCGUUUUCAAAAUUUAGAACAAAGAUUAAUUAACGUUUAUCGUAAUACAAAUCCUUUCAGUGAUGUAGCAGAAAUUAAAAUUCAAUUAAAUGAUAUUAAUUCAAAAGGUUUAACUAGUCCUAUUGAAAAACAUAUGAUUUCACAAUUAAAUAAUCAUUGUAUGACUAAUAAAACUGGCUGUAAAAAUUCAUCAUCACAAAAUGGUGAAGAUUGUGAUAAUAGUAGUAAUAAUUCUAGUGAUAAUGAAAAUAAUGACAAUGAACCAGAAAGGAAAAAACGUAAAAAUAAUGAAAAUCAAAGGCCGUGGGAUAUGGUAAGAUAUAAACGUCCAUUUAUCGAUGACGUUUCAGCAGAAUUAAUUUUCCAAUUAAAUCCAAAUGAAAAUUCACUUAUCUUUAAUAAAUAUAAUAAGAUUAUUCAUAUGGAUAUUACAGGAAAUAGUUUACGAACUUUCGAUAGGGCUUUUAAUGCAUUUUUAUCCCGUCAAGGGAUAACUCUUAAUAAUUAUAAAAGAAAGUUUGCCGCUACAAAAGGUGGAAAAGAAAGAGAUCAUCUGGUAUUACCUGCCUGCAUAUCUAUUAGCGAUUUACAAGUUAAUGGCGUUCAAUGUAGAAAUAUUUGUCAAUUAAUUACUGACUCCAAAUUUAAUGAUGUCGUAUAUGAUGUUUCAGGAAAGGAUGAUAAGAAAUAUUCUCCAGGUUUAAAACUUCAUUUAUUAAAAUCUUUAUGGAAAUUAGGUAUUAAAGAUGGUCAAAUAAUGCUUAUCGCUAUAAAAUUAGAUUCAUUUAGCGGUCUAAAGGAAUUUAACAAAUUAACCGAAUUUAUAUAA